CGGCGCUGACGUUUCACUACAGCCUCGCCGCCCCAACAGUGCAUUCUGGGUCCAACCCAAGAUGGCUGCGCCCUUGCAGAAGUGCUGAAGAAGUGCCUCUCCGGAGAAAUUCUCGGGAUUGUGUGUGAUUUCGGCGAAAACUCUCUCACCAGAUCCGCUCCUGGGGUCGCUGGUUUGUAGAAGAAGACCUUACUACACCAGUCAUCGAUAAGUGCGGCCAGUGCUUCGUGUGGCUGUGGCAGACUGUCCGUGUGAAGAUGGGCCUCGUCUCCAGCCCCUUCCCAUAGCGAAGAGCCGUGGGGAGAGGAGCCGCAGAUUCCCCUGCAAACACGCACCCGUCCAACUCGGAUUUGACGGGUUUGACAUACUGUACAGGCUGUGGACGCUGCCCUACAAUUUUCUGACCAGGAUUCUUUGUGCGACCGUGUCUGUCAUCGUCCGGAGGCAGAGAGGUUCCCCAACCCGGGUAGAUAAUCCCACAGCACCGAGGGCCCUGAUGAAAAUGGACUCAGACUUGCUUCACUCACCGGCCGUGGGCCUUGCUGAAGAAGAGGAGGCCGACAUGAAUGAUUGGAAGCUUCCCCUGGCCUUCAUGAAGAAACGGCACUCAGAGAAGAUUGAGGGCUCCAAGGCUUUAGCGCAGAGCUGGAGGAUGAAGGACAGGAUGAAGACUGUGAGUGUAGCGCUGGUGUUGUGUCUCAACGUGGGAGUGGACCCUCCUGAUGUGGUCAAGACCUCCCCCUGCGCAAGACUGGAGUGCUGGAUAGAUCCUCUGUCGAUGAGUCCACAGAAAGCCCUGGAGACCAUCGGGGCCAACCUGCAGAAGCAAUAUGAAAACUGGCAACCCAGGGCACGUUACAAGCAGAGUCUGGACCCCACAGUGGACGAGGUGAAGAAGCUGUGCACAUCACUGAGACGUAAUGCCAAGGAGGAGCGAGUCCUCUUCCACUACAACGGCCACGGGGUGCCACGACCCACGGUCAACGGGGAGAUCUGGGUCUUUAAUAAGAACUACACCCAGUACAUACCGCUGUCCAUCUACGACCUGCAGACAUGGAUGGGGAGCCCGUCCAUUUUUGUCUAUGAUUGCUCCAACGCGGGAAUCAUUGUCAAGUCGUUUAAACAGUUCGCCCUGCAGAGAGAGCAGGAGCUGGAGGUGGCAGCCAUCAAUCCAAGCCACCCGCUCGCCCAGAUGCCCCUGCCACCCUCCAUGAAGAACUGCAUCCAGCUGGCAGCCUGUGAGGCCAGUGAACUGCUGCCCAUGAACCCCGACCUCCCCGCUGACCUCUUCACUUCCUGCCUCACCACGCCCAUCAAGAUUGCCCUCCGAUGGUUCUGUAUGCAGAAGAGUGCCAAGUUGGUGCCAGGGGUGACGUUAGACCUCAUUGAGAAGAUCCCUGGCAGGCUCAACGACAGACGCACUCCCCUCGGAGAGCUCAACUGGAUCUUCACAGCCAUCACCGAUACGAUCGCCUGGAAUGUGCUGCCUAGAGAUUUGUUCCAGAAGUUGUUUCGUCAGGACCUGCUGGUGGCCAGCUUGUUCCGCAAUUUCCUAUUAGCGGAGAGGAUAAUGAGGUCAUACAACUGUACACCGGUCAGCAGUCCGCGUCUGCCCCCUACAUACAUGCACGCUAUGUGGCAAGCGUGGGACCUGGCCGUGGACAUAUGCCUCUCUCAGCUGCCUACCAUCAUCGAGGAGGGCACUGCCUUCAGACACAGUCCUUUCUUUGCGGAGCAGCUGACGGCAUUUCAGGUGUGGUUGACGAUGGGUGUGGAAAACAGAAACCCUCCUGAGCAGCUGCCAAUUGUACUGCAGGUCCUCCUUAGUCAGGUGCAUCGACUGCGCGCUCUAGACCUGCUUGGACGGUUUCUGGACCUGGGACCCUGGGCUGUCAGUCUGGCCCUGUCUGUAGGGAUCUUCCCCUACGUGUUAAAGCUGCUUCAGAGCUCAGCCAGAGAGCUGCGGCCACUGCUGGUUUUCAUCUGGGCUAAAAUCCUGGCUGUGGACAGUUCAUGUCAAGCUGACCUGGUGAAAGACAACGGACACAAGUACUUCCUGUCGGUUUUGGCCGACAAUUACAUGCCAGCUGAGCAUCGAACAAUGGCAGUCUUCAUAUUGGCUGUUAUUGUCAACAGCUACAACACAGGACAGGAGGCCUGUCUGCAGGGCAACCUAAUAGCCAACUGCCUGGAGCAACUGUCAGACCCCCAUCCCUUGCUCCGCCAAUGGGUGGCGAUUUGCCUGGGCCGCAUCUGGCAGAACUUCGACCCGGCGCGCUGGUGUGGAGUCCGAGACAGCGCCCACGAGAAGCUCUACACCUUGUUGUCGGAUCCAAUCCCUGAGGUCAGGUGUGCAGCUGUCUUUGCUCUGGGGACUUUUGUGGGAAACUCUGCUGAGAGGACGGACCACUCAACCACCAUUGACCAUAAUGUGGCCAUGAUGCUUGCCCAGCUCAUCAAUGAUGGCAGCCCAGUGGUCCGCAAGGAGCUGGUAGUGGCACUGAGUCACCUGGUGGUCCAAUAUGAAAGCAACUUCUGUACAGUUGCCCUCCAGUUUAUAGAAGAAGAGAAGAACUACACAGUGCCGUCACCAGCCAACACCGCAGAGCCUGGUAACUUGACUCCAGUGAGGGACAGCCCAGCAAUCCCACGCCUGCGAUCGGUCAACUCUUACACCAACAUCCGCGCUGCUACCACCGCUCGCAACCUGAACAAGAGCCUGCAGAACCUCAACCUCAAUGAAGAGGGUGGACCAGCAGCCUUCUCUCCUGGUAACCUGAGCACCAGCAGCAGCGCCAGCAGCACCCUGGGGAGCCCCGACAACGACGAGUACAUCCUCUCCUUUGAGACCAUCGACAAAAUGCGACGGGUGUCUUCAUAUUCUUCCCUCAACUCUCUCAUAGGUGUGUCCUUCAACAGCGUUUACACUCAGAUCUGGAGAGUGCUGCUACAUCUCGCUGCAGACCCAUUUCCUGAGGUGUCAGAUCUGGCCAUGAAGGUCCUCAACAGUAUAGCAUACAAGGCAACGAUGAACGCUCGGCCUCAGAGGAUCCUGGACUCUGGAUCUCUUACCCAGUCGGCCCCAGCCAGUCCCACCAGCAAGGGCACACACAUUCACCAGGCUGGUGGGUCUCCUCCCAUGCCCAGCACAAGCAGCUCCAGUUUGACCAAUGAGGUGCCCAAACCCCCGACCAGAGAGCAGCCAGCCACACGGCCACCCUACACCCCAACACUGGGAGGACAAGCACCCCACUCCCACCAGUUCCCCCGCACCCGCAAGAUGUUCGACAAGGGACCAGAGCAGGCAGCUGAAGACGGUGACGAGCCGGGUGGUCACAGGAACUACAUCAGUCCUGCCCUCCAGACAGGCCUGUGUGAUUGGAGUGCAAAGUAUUUUGCUCAGCCUGUUAUGAAGAUCCCAGAGGAGCAUGACCUGGAGAGUCAGGUGAGGAUGGAGCGGCAGUGGAGGUUCCUGAGAAAUGCUCGUGUGAGAAGGCAGAGCCGGAGUAUUACACAAAGAGGUGUUUCCCGUCUGGAUGAUCAGAUAUUCAUCAACCGCAACCCUGGAGUACCGUCUGUUGUGAAGUUCCACCCCUUCAACACCUGCAUUGCUGUGGCCGACAAGGACAGCAUCUGUUUCUGGGACUGGGAGAAGGGCGAGAGGCUGGACUAUUUCUACAACGGAAACCCUCGUUACACUCGCAUCACAGCAAUGGAGUACCUGAAUGGACAUGACUGUUCGUUACUGCUCACUGCAACAGAUGAUGGAGCAUUACGCAUCUGGAAGAACUUCGCAGACCAGAAGAACCCAGAGAUGGUGACGGCGUGGCAGGGUCUUUCUGACAUGCUGCCCACUACUCGAGGUCAGCCCUCUGCCAGCGCUCACAGUCUGGCCAGAAGGGUCUCCAUCUAUCUUGACAGGAGUAAGCAAGGAGGUGCAGGUAUGGUUGUGGACUGGGAGCAGGAAACGGGUCUCCUCAUGACGUCUGGAGAUGUCCGAGUCAUCAGGAUCUGGGACACUGACAGGGAGAUGAAGGUCCAGGACAUCCCAACAGGAGCAGACAGCUGUGUGACCAGCCUGUCCUGUGAUUCCCAGCGUUCGCUCAUCGUUGCCGGUCUGGGUGACGGAUCUGUACGCGUCUUCGACAGGAGGAUGGGUCCAAAUGAAUGUCGGGUGAUGACCUACAGGGAGCAUGGGGCCUGGGUGGUCAAAGCUCAUCUACAGAAGGAGACAGAUGGACAUAUUAUCAGUGUCAGUGUUAACGGAGACGUUCGAUUCUUUGAACCGAGGACACCAGACUCCGUCAACGUGCUGCAGACGGUGAAGGGGUUAACAGCUCUGGACAUCCAUCCACAGGCUAAUUUGUUCGCCUGUGGAUCGAUGAACCAGUUCAUAGCGGUCUACAAUGCUAAUGGCGAUGUGAUCAGCAAUAUAAAGUACUACGAUGGCUUCAUGGGUCAGAGGAUCGGGGCCAUCAGCUGUUUAGCCUUCCAUCCCAGCUGGCCCCACUUGGCAGUAGGCAGCAAUGACUACUACAUGUCCAUCUAUUCAGCAGAGAAGAGACUCAGAUAACACACCAGCAUUCAUCACCCCCUAAACCCCCACCCGCCCCCCAACAAAAAACACCACAUAUGACUUCUGACCCUGAGCCUCAAGCUCUGGGAUGUAAAUGACUUUUUUGUUGUACAUAUGCAAUUACCACCCUGAAUGUUCUAGUGAUGGCUGCUGAGAAAAACUGCUAUGAACGACUAUAUAUAUAUUAUUAUUAUUCUCAUUGUUUAAUCAUAUUCUUAUUAUGAAGCUAAUGAUUGUAGACUUAGCUGUGCGGAGGAGUGUGUAUAUUUAAAUAGCGUAUACAGAAGAAGAGAGGCUAUAUUUUAAAGAAGUGGUACCCAUCAAUCACCAGGGCUCCUCCUCAGCACUGCACAGUGAGCAUCACUACCUGAACAGACUGUGACCCAAAACAGAUAUGGCGUGGGAGGGGUCUCCUAGAGGACAGCACACACUGUUAAAACACAUUCACUGGUGCAGGAAACACGGACUCGCCCUCCCUUGGACCCUGGUGUGUUAAUAAAAUUCAUUUUAAUGGC